ACUAUUAGCUUGGCAUUUGGCAUUGGCAGUUGGCUUCGCUGUCAAACGGAAAAUGGCAGCGACGAGUGUUGUCGUUCUCGACAGAGGCAAUAAUACAACUUGUACCGUAAAUCUUUUCGGUGCUACAGUAGUAUCAUGGCGUGUGAACAAUCAAGAACAAUUAUUUGUAAGUAAACAAGCCGUGUUCGACGGCAAAAGGGCGAUACGAGGUGGAAUUCCGUUCGUGUUCCCUCAGUUUGGGCAAUGGGCGUUCGGUCCGCAGCACGGGUUCGCGCGCGUGGCUCGCUGGCAUGUAGAGAAGCUGCCGGAGCGGCUGGCCAGCGGCGACGUAGAGGCCAUCUUCAGCCUAAUGGAUGACGACUUCACGCGCUCCAUGUGGCACUUCCAGUUCAGACUGACGUACCGACUGAUCCUGCGCGAGAAGGAGUUGCACUUUAACAUCGGGGUGUACAACCCCAGCAAGGAGUUGACGUUCAGUUGCCAGCUACUGCUGCACACCUACUUCAAGGUGCCCGACGUGCGCCGCUGCCAGAUCACCGGCAUGCAUGGGUGCAUGUUCGUUGAUAAGACGCGUGAGGGCGCGGUGUACCAGGAGACGCGCGAGGUGGUCACCAUCAACGAGUGGACGGACCGCGUCUACCAGAACACGAUGCAGGAGCACAUCAUCACCAACGUCGUCAGCGGCCGCAAGAUGCGCAUACAGAAGUACAACUUCCCAGACACAGUGAUCUGGAACCCGUGGGCGGAGUUCGCGAAGGAGAUCGGCGACUUCGGGGACGACGAGUUCCCCAACAUGGUGUGCGUGGAGGCGGGCCGCGUCGCCGCGCCCAUCGUGCUGCUGCCCGGCACCGCCUUCGAGGCCAGCCAGAUACUGCAGGUGAUGUAAGCGUUUGGUGUAAGGUCGUUCUCAGCCGUCCACGUGGCGACGUCACGCGCCCGCAUCGCCCCCGCCCCGCACACUCGGCCUCGCUCCCUGCCCCCUGGACCCGGGGCAUCGCCCCCGCCCUGCUCCCUGCCCCCUGGGCAACACCUACGCCCCGCACACUCGGCCCCGCCGCUUGCCGCUGCUCCCCGGCCCCGGGUAAUCGCCUCUGGCCCCUUAAAAUUGUCUCCCCCCCCGCUUCCCAGCCCAGGGGCAUCGCCCCCGCCCCACAUACAGCAACCGAUUAUAACACUUAUUGUUAGAAUAAGCACCAGUUUCUUUUGCAUUCCGUACCUACUUAAUACUGCCCUAUUAUAUUUUCUUAAAUAGUCCCUAUUGUAGAUUUGGUAUAAGAUCUACUGAGCAGUUUGUGUUUUACUUUUUUUGUUAUUUCGCAUCUUUUAAACGAUUAGAUCGUCUCUAAAUAUUUUCUUCCUUCCACGUCUUCCAUCUUGAUAUGUAUUUUGCGUUUUUUUUAUACUUUUAGGCAAUAAAAAAGACAAUACAAAAUUUAAUUCCAAGUGUUUUUACCAUUCCAAUAUUUUUUUCCUUUCUAGAUUUUUUAAUGAUUAGAAAAUGUUAGAUAAUUUUCCUAUAAUUUUACGGGGCUAAAUUUAAUUUACUUUAAAUGUAGCUUUUAAAGUUAUUUCCAUACGUUUUAAUAAUAGUGUUACGUUAAAUGUUAUCUCUUAAGAUCUUCAAGUUAUUUUGUAGAGUAUCCCCCGAAAUAGUUAAGUUUCUGGCACAAAUACAAUACCUUCGCUAAAACACUUGUACAAAAAAUAUGCCUAUCUCGCUCAUUCUCAUUGAUAAAAAGAGAUAGCUAUAUGUUUGGUACGUUUCUUUUACGCAUUGGAAACCACGGUUAUGCAAUCUUUAUAUUAUUCCAAUCCAGUAAUCGAAAUACGCUGGGUAACAGGAUUGUACUUUUUGGGUUUGCAGUAAUCCAGUGCUGAUAUCGAUAACUGGACUGGAAUAAACUGGGCGUUAAUAAACUUUAAGGCAAUCAAUAAUUAACUAUAGUACUAGCUUUUAAUACUCAGUACAUCGCAUAUUUUAGUAACUUAUGUUAACAUACUAAGUAAUCUGUAACGAAACACGUAAUUCAUUUGAAUAAUUUUGUAAACCACGAAACAAUUCCAUUUAGACCAUUUUUUUAUUAUUUUUUACAACCAGUCCUUAAUGUAAAUACCCUUCAGAAUUUUUUUGUACAAAAUAUGGAGAUUUUUUAAGUGCACAUUGUUCGUAUUUUUUUGUUUUGGAAUAAUUUGGAGGCUUUUAAUGUAUACGACAUUUAAUAUAAGAAUAUGUACUUAGAUAUAGUGAGUUCCUUAUAUCACACGGUACGAAUACAUUUGGCUUGUACAGUCAGCUACAUAAAUGAAUACGUUUUUAAAACUAAAAACGGAAGUAAGGGAAAAUACGUGCAUCCAUAUUUGAAUGGCCUGUAUAAGUUUCUGAAUCUGUGUAAAUGUUUACAUAUGCCGCUGACUGUACAGUAAUUUAUCUCUGUCGAAUAAAGUCGGAAUUUCCAUAUAUUAAGUGUUUGUGAACCCGAGUGACCCAACUAUCUUAAAAACUAAUAAUCUUGCAAACAAAAAGAAAAUUAACAAAUAAAGAUUUUACUGUCAUUUCUCGGGUCCACUUUCUUAUCUUAUUUUGUGUCAAUAAGUAAUUUUACAAAUUUACUGAUAUUGUAUAAUGCACAAUUUUUGUGCCGUCUUUUUCGGUAUUACUGGUAUGUGCAUAAUGCAAAAGUGUAAAAUCCCAGUAAAUAAUGUCUAUUUAAACAGGUAACAGAUUAACUUACGAUUAGCUAGUAUGUAAUCUGGUACGGUAUUAGGAUGAACAAACAUCGAAACUAGCAACGAAGUGUACUUUUAUAGGUGCAAUAAAGUUAAAUAAUGUA